AUUAUUAUUAUUAUUAUUAUUAUUAUUAUUAUUAUUAUACAGAAGAAACCACUGCGGCAGAAGGAAUUACAACAACAGUGGCGCCUGAAUCAACUACAUACGACCCCUGUUUCCAAAACCCCUGUCAGUAUGGCGGUACAUGUGUACGUACCAGCAGUUACUAUUGGCCGUACACUGGCUACAGAUGUAACUGUCCUUACUACCGUACUGGGCAAAAAUGCGAGUACGGUGCUUAUGGAUACCAAGAAACCACGGCGGCAAACGAAAUCACAACUGAAAUGCCGGAAGCAACAACAUACGACCCCUGUUCCCAAAACCCCUGCCAAUAUGGCGGUACAUGUAUACGUACCAACAGUUACUAUUGGCCAUACACUGGCUACAGAUGUAACUGUCCUUACUACCGUACUGGGCAAAAAUGCGAAAACAACAGAAAUCCCCAAUUUGUCGACAGAAGAAUAUGUCACCGUCCCAGUUCGUUUAGUUGGAGGCUACAGCAACAGAGAGGGACGUGUGGAGGUGUACUUCAAUGGCCGCUGGGGCACUGUGUGUGAUGACGGAUUUGACGAUAGAGAUGCCGCAGUCAUAUGCCGCAUGCUUGGAUUUGGUGACCAGAAUGUAGAAGGAUAUGAAAGCGCGUGCUUUGGUGCUGGCAGCGGACAGAUAUGGUUGGAUAACCUAGAUUGUGUAGGAACAGAAAUGUCUAUUACCCAGUGUAACCAUUAUGGGUGGGGACAACACAACUGUGGACAUGGAGAAGACAUCAGUGUAUCAUGUGGAUCUCCAUAUCAGAGGAGUUGUAGAAAAGUCCCACACUUUUGCAACGCCCAGGCAGACAUAAUUUUUAUCUUGGACGGGUCUGGUAGCGUCGACUCACCCGACUUUGCCAAACAACUACAAUUCGUCAAGUCUUUGGUGAGGAAAUUCGACGUUGGACCAAACGCGGUACAGGUCGGCGUUCUGCAGUACUCAGACUACGCGGUGCAAGAGCUCAACCUUAACACUCACAGCACCGAGGCCGCCAUCCUAGCCGCCGUGGACAGGAUCAGGCAGAUGGGAGACGGUACUGACACAGCCCUAGCUCUCUCCACCGCCCGCACCAGCAGUUUCACGGCUGCUAGAGGCGAUCGGCCAAACGUACCGAACCUCGUUAUCGUCAUGACCGACGGUAGGUCUAAUGACAUGGCGGCGACCGCCAGAGAAGCAAACAAGCUGCGUAAUAUUGCGUCUGUGUUCGCAAUUGGUGUUGGGAGUAAUGUUAAUACUGCCGAGCUGAAGGCCAUGGCUACCGACCCGGAUAGCAAAUUCGUGUUUACUGUGACAGACUUCAGUGCCCUGUCAAAUAUAGAGACACAGUUAGCCACGGAUGCUUGUGCACAGGCUACUGCCGCACCGCCAGUGAACCCCAAUGUUUCCGUGAAUUGUGACUCGACAAAGGGUAUGACUGUGACGGUGGACGUAAAUGACAUCCAGUCUCGUCUUGGUCCAAUGACCUUGACAUUGGAUGACAUCAAGUGUGUUCCUGACCAAUACCUUGGCGGCAACGCAAUAUUCCAUGUGACCCUUGCCACUCAAAUGUGUGGAACCCGCAGACUGGAAACCAGGGAUACGUUCAUCUACAGAAACGCCCUCAUCCUCCGUCCGUACAGUAACUUCCUCAUCAACCGCCAGCUGCACUACAGGUACACAGUGGAGUGUGUGCUGUCGAGAUAUGGUAGCGUAGGAGAGGAAUUCGUCGCUGAGGGCACAGUGUACGGCAACCUAGUAUAUGUUGCUAACGGUAACUUCACCCUGAGGAUGGACCUGUUCCAUUCCGAUUACUUCACCUACCCCGUGACCAGCUAUCCCCACGUGGUCAGACUUAACCAGGACAUGUAUGUGGACGUGGCUUUACUGACACUGGACGUUAAUCUUAAGGUGGUCCUACAGAACUGCGUGGCGACACCGAAGGCUGCGAAGGGUUAUCCACAAUACGCUCUCAUUAGCAACAAAUGCCCAGACGACCCUACGGUACGCUUCUAUCCCUCUAACGACACGCAUGCGCAGUUUGCUGUCAAGGCCUUCGAGUUCUUCAACGAUCCAGAGGUGUACAUCCACUGUGACGUUAUCGUGUGUAACGCCACUGACCGGGACAGUAGGUGUCUGCGGCCCAGUGAAGGGUAUGCUUGUCCACAAAAUGGCGGCAGGGGGAAGAGAGCGGUACCUGGUGACGUAGAGGUGUACAGCCUGGUGCAGGGACCCGUGUUCGUCCAGAAAGAGAACCCCGUAGCAGAGUUUGCCGUAAAAGACGAGGGGAAGAAUAAGGAGGACGGCGAGGAAGGUGCCCAGGCACCGGCUGCCACUACACUUGGAGCUGGUGUCAUGGCUGUCAGCGCAUGCGUUGUUGUCAUAGCAGCAGUGAUCGUAACGCGCAAGCGCAGAUCAUCCAAUACUGAUUACAUUCCAGUCAGAACCGAUGAAAUUUGAAUUCCAUUGCAUUAGUUGUGCUACGUUGUCACCGGCUUUGUAGACGUAAAUGUAUUAUUAUUAUUGUUAUUAUUUUU